AUGAGAAGAUUUUUGAAAGCUGAUUCAUUUUUAUAUAAUUUAAUUGGAAAAUUCACUGGAGUUAUUGAGGCUAUUGAAUAUUGUGGAAAUACUCUCGAUAAAAUUAUCAAUGAAAGAAGAGAAGCUGUCAAGCAGCGUAUCAGUGGAGCUAAUGAUGAUGAAUAUAGUGAUAUUUUGAGUUUGCUUGUAGAAGCCAACGUACUUGAGAACUUAUUAACAGAUGGUGAAGUUAAGAGUAAUUCGAUGAUAAUGGUGCUUGCUGGCCAUGAAACGACGUCAACUUUGAUGCAAUGGGUUUCUUAUGAAAUUUCAAAGAAGCCAGAAAUUCAAGACAAGUUAUUUAAGGAAGUUACUGAGGUUUUGAAUGGAAGAGAUCCAACCUAUGAGGAUGUCGAAAAGUUGCACUAUGUUAAUGCUGUUUUGAUGGAAACUCUUCGUUACAGACCUCCAGUUUCUGCAAUUAUUCGUCAAGCAAACAGAAACACUACUCUUGGAGAUUAUCCAAUUCCAAAAGGAACUACCAUCAACCCAAUGUUCCAAUAUCUUCACAAGAGACCAGACAUUUGGACUGAACCAAACUCUUAUAUGCCAGAAAGAUUUGUUGACCCACAAUUCAGAGAGGAAUCUCAACAUAAUUUAACAUUCUUGGCUUUCAGUUUUGGUAAUAGACAAUGUAUUGGUAAGAAGUUUAGUUUGUUGGAGGCUUGUAUGAUUUUGGCUAAACUUAUUCAAAACUACAAGUUUAGAUUGUUGAAUGAUGAAACUGUUGAUCCAGUUGUUAGUCAUAUCAGAGUUGUAAAUAGACCUUCCAAAAAUAUGAAAAUUGAAAUUACAAGAAGAUAA